CGUCUUCACGCCUGCGCAGGAGCGCUGUUAAGCAGCUGGACACUGGGGUCGGGGGGAGGGGGGCGGAGGUCGGGCCGAAUCUUCCUCCGUAAUAAGAAGCGACGUGUCCUGCUUCCCGCGGUCCUGGCUCCUUGGGUCCGGUCGGAUCUGGCCUGGGCGCUGGAGCUGCUGUGGCUCCCACCGCGGCGGGUGCGAUGGAGGCCGUGCCGGAGCCCAGCACUCACUCCGGGGGAGGCCGAGUCAACCCGCGGUGCUAGUAGAUGAGACGGCGGCGGCGGCGGUGGCAGCCCAGGCUCUCCAUGAGCAAGCGGCGGCGGCGACGGGUGCGGCGGCACCGGCGGUUUUCGGUCCCCGGGGAGGAUGAAGACACUGUUUGAAGAGAUCAAAGCAUCAAUUAAAAAUAACUAUAACCAAGAUCGAUCAUUUUGGAGGCCUGUUCUUCCUUGGGGAGGUGUUUUUACUAUCAAAGCUGGCCGCAAAGCAGUAUCCUGUACACCACUCUAUGUUGAAAUAAGACUGAAAAACACCUGCACCAUAGAUGGAUUCUUGAUGUUAUUAUAUGUCAUUCUUAAUGAAAAUGAAAAUUUUCCUAGGGAACUCUCUCUUCAUUUUGGUAGAGAGUUUGUAGACUGUUUUCUUUAUUUAAUGGACACCUAUAGUUUUACAACUGUGAAGCUACUUUGGAUUUGGGACAAGAUGGAAAAACAGCAAUACAAAUCUGAAGUUCAUAAAGCUUCAUUAAUAAUUGAUUUGUUUGGGAACGAGCAUGAUAACUUUACAAAAAAUCUUGAAAAUCUCAUGUCUACCAUUCAAGAGAGUUACUGUUCCAACUGGCGAUGCCCAACUCGAGUACAGGAAGAUCAGCAGCGCACAAUUAAUAUAAAUCCUCCUCAAGAAAUUCCACAUGGAAACUUGAUACGACUGGCUGUGGAUGAGUUAUUCUGUUCUAAGAUUGAACUGUGUGAAGAGCGUGGGUGUGGUGGCUUAAGAGAAUUUUCCCAGCGAGUUUUCUGCCAUGGCGCACCCCCUUUUGUUGUCCUAAAUAUGCAGCAUUGGAAAUCUGAAGAUCUGGCAUAUGUACCAUAUUAUUUGGAUUUAUCCGAUCACAAGUAUUUGUUGGAAGGUGCCACAUUAUUUAAUAAAGAAGAACAUCAUUAUUCUGCAGCUUUCCAAAUUGAUGGACAUUGGAUGCACUAUGAUGGCCUCAGAAAUGUGAAUUUAAUUUUGUUAAAUAAACCCCCAGAGUUUCUCCUCUUGUCAUCAUUGGUUUAUAUUCGAGCAACAGAGAAAUAAAUAUAGACUGAUGCUAAAUUAAAUUGUUUUCCCGCCUGCCCAUGCUCCCCUAGAUGAAGGGCUUUUAUUUUGUGUAUACUUGGUAUCCAAGGAAAUAGUUCAACUAUACUAGUUUCACAGGUGUAUUUUCCAGUGUUUAACCCAGGUAAAUGUUUUAUAUUGAAAAUCUAUGCAAAAAUGUUUGUAUUUCUUUUUUAUAAUUUCCUGGGUUAUUUUUAUACAAGCAUAUUUUAUGUUAAAAUAAAAUAUAUAUCUUGUGGCCUUUGUAUUUUUUAUUUAUAUGUA